GAGUCGGGGCAGCGUGCAGUGUGCGCCAUUGUGCGAGCUUGCAGCAGCGAGGGUGAAUAUCUGCGAUAAAUGCUUCAAGUAAUGCUGAAGGGAUAACACACAAACCCGUUUACAGUGAAACCAGCUGCCGUGGAAUUGAGAUUUAAGUCGGCAUGGCAGCUGCAUUCCCUUACCGAGGUGGGCCUGGUGGGAUCCCAGUGCCAGGCCAGAUGCCAGAUUUUAUGUCUGAAGAAAAACUUCAGGAAAAAGCCCGCAAAUGGCAGCAGCUGCAGGCAAAGCGCUAUGCGGAGAAGAGAAAGUUUGGUUUUGUGGACGCCCAGAAAGAGGACAUGCCUCCAGAACACGUCCGGAAGAUCAUCCGUGACCACGGGGACAUGACCAACAGGAAGUUCCGUCACGACAAGAGAGUUUAUCUGGGUGCUCUGAAGUACAUGCCCCAUGCAGUGCUGAAACUGCUGGAGAACAUGCCGAUGCCCUGGGAGCAGAUCCGAGACAUCCCAGUGCUCUACCACAUCACCGGGGCCAUCUCCUUUGUCAACGAGAUUCCCUGGGUUAUUGAACCAGUCUACAUUGCACAGUGGGGCGCCAUGUGGAUCAUGAUGCGUCGUGAGAAGAGAGACAGGCGCCACUUCAAGAGGAUGCGAUUCCCUCCCUUCGAUGACGAGGAGCCGCCACUGGACUACGCUGACAACAUCCUGGACGUGGAGCCCCUGGAGGCCAUCCAGAUGGAGCUGGACCCAGACGAGGACGCUCCCGUCACAGACUGGCUGUACGACCACCAGCCCCUCAAGGACAACACCAAGUUUGUGAACGGGUCCACAUACAGGCGCUGGCAGUUUACUUUGCCAAUGAUGUCCACGCUGUACCGCCUUGCCAAUCAGCUGCUGACUGACCUGGUGGACGAUAACUACUUCUACCUGUUUGACCUGAAAGCCUUCUUCACCUCCAAGGCGCUCAACAUGGCCAUUCCAGGGGGUCCCAAAUUUGAGCCGCUGGUCAGAGAUAUUAACCUGCAGGAUGAAGACUGGAACGAGUUCAAUGACAUUAACAAGAUCAUUAUCAGGCAGCCUAUCAGAACGGAGUACAAGAUUGCAUUUCCUUACCUGUAUAACAACCUGCCGCACCAUGUCCAUCUCACCUGGUACCACACCCCGAAUGUGGUGUUCAUCAAAACAGAAGACCCUGACUUGCCUGCUUUCUACUUUGACCCCCUGAUCAACCCCAUCUCUCACAGACACUCGGUCAAGAGCCAGGAGCCCCUGCCCGAUGACGAUGAGGAGUUUGAGCUGCCAGAGUUUGUGGAGCCGUUCUUGAAAGACACCCCCCUGUACACAGACAACACAGCCAAUGGCAUCGCCCUGCUGUGGGCACCGCGUCCCUUUAACCUGCGAUCAGGGAGAACGCGCAGAGCCAUUGACAUCCCGCUCAUUAAGAACUGGUAUCGGGAGCAUUGCCCUGCAGGUCAGCCUGUCAAAGUGCGUGUGUCCUAUCAGAAGCUGCUGAAGUACUACGUGUUGAAUGCUCUCAAACACAGGCCUCCCAAAGCCCAGAAGAAAAGAUAUUUGUUCCGCUCGUUCAAAGCGACCAAGUUCUUCCAGUCGACGAAGCUGGACUGGGUGGAGGUGGGGCUGCAAGUGUGUCGACAGGGCUACAACAUGCUCAACCUGCUGAUCCACAGAAAGAACCUCAACUACCUUCACCUGGACUACAACUUCAACCUCAAACCUGUCAAGACUCUCACCACAAAGGAACGUAAAAAGUCCAGAUUCGGAAAUGCGUUCCAUUUGUGCAGAGAGGUUCUGCGUCUCAGUAAGCUGGUGGUAGACAGCCACGUGCAGUACAGGCUGGGAAACGUUGAUGCCUUCCAGCUGUCAGAUGGCCUUCAGUACAUUUUUGCCCAUGUGGGCCAGCUGACUGGGAUGUACAGAUACAAGUACAAGCUGAUGAGGCAGAUCCGCAUGUGCAAGGACCUGAAGCAUCUCAUCUACUACAGGUUUAACACCGGUCCAGUUGGAAAGGGGCCCGGCUGUGGUUUCUGGGGCCCAGGGUGGAGGGUGUGGCUGUUCUUCAUGAGGGGCAUCACUCCUCUGCUGGAGAGGUGGCUGGGAAACCUGCUGGCCAGACAGUUCGAAGGGCGUCACUCCAAGGGCGUGGCGAAGACUGUGACGAAGCAGCGUGUGGAGUCUCACUUCGAUUUGGAGCUGAGAGCCGCUGUCAUGCACGACAUCCUGGACAUGAUGCCUGAGGGAAUCAAACAGAACAAGGCCAGGACCAUCCUGCAGCACCUCAGCGAGUCCUGGAGGUGCUGGAAGGCCAACAUUCCCUGGAAGGUUCCUGGGCUGCCCACCCCUAUUGAGAACAUGAUCCUCCGCUACGUGAAAGCGAAAGCCGAUUGGUGGACCAACACUGCCCAUUACAACAGAGAGCGAAUCCGUCGCGGCGCCACUGUAGACAAGACGGUCUGUAAGAAGAACCUGGGCCGCCUGACUCGACUCUACCUGAAGGCUGAACAGGAGAGGCAACACAACUACCUGAAGGAUGGUCCGUACAUUACAGCAGAGGAGGCUGUUGCUAUCUACACCACCACUGUGCACUGGCUGGAGAGCAGGAGGUUCUCUCCCAUUCCCUUCCCUCCACUCUCCUACAAACAUGACACCAAGCUGCUCAUCCUGGCCCUGGAGAGGCUGAAGGAAGCAUACAGUGUGAAAUCUCGGCUGAACCAGUCUCAGAGAGAGGAGCUGGGUUUGAUCGAGCAGGCUUACGACAACCCCCACGAGGCGCUAUCCAGGAUCAAGCGUCACCUCCUCACGCAGAGAGCCUUCAAAGAGGUUGGUAUUGAGUUCAUGGACCUGUACAGUCACUUGGUCCCUGUGUAUGACGUGGAGCCCCUGGAGAAGAUCACCGAUGCUUACCUGGAUCAGUACCUGUGGUAUGAAGCUGACAAACGCAGACUCUUUCCGCCUUGGAUCAAGCCAGCCGACACAGAACCGCCUCCACUGCUGGUCUACAAGUGGUGCCAGGGCAUCAAUAACCUGCAGGAUGUGUGGGAGACGAUGGAGGGGGAGUGCAACGUGAUGUUGGAGUCUCGCUAUGAGAAGAUGUACGAGAAGAUUGAUCUGACGCUGCUCAACAGACUGCUGCGUCUAAUUGUUGACCACAACAUUGCUGAUUACAUGACGGCCAAAAACAAUGUGGUCAUUAACUACAAGGACAUGAACCACACAAACUCGUACGGCAUCAUUCGAGGGCUGCAGUUUGCCUCCUUCAUUGUUCAGUACUAUGGCUUGGUGAUGGAUCUGCUAGUGCUGGGGUUGCACCGCGCCAGUGAGAUGGCGGGCCCUCCACAGAUGCCCAAUGACUUCCUGAGCUUCCAGGACAUUGCCACUGAGGGAGCCCACCCUAUCCGCCUGUACUGCAGAUACAUUGACCGCAUCCAUAUCUUCUUCAGAUUUACAGCGGAUGAGGCAAGAGAUCUGAUUCAGAGAUACUUGACUGAGCACCCUGACCCCAACAACGAGAACAUUGUGGGUUACAACAACAAGAAGUGCUGGCCCAGAGAUGCUAGGAUGAGGCUCAUGAAGCAUGAUGUCAACCUGGGUCGAGCUGUGUUCUGGGAUAUCAAGAACCGGCUGCCUCGCUCUGUGACCACGGUCCAGUGGGAGAACAGUUUUGUGUCUGUGUACAGCAAGGACAACCCCAACCUGCUCUUCAACAUGUGCGGGUUCGAGUGCCGCAUCCUGCCCAAGUGCCGCACCAGCUACGAAGAGUUCACGCACAAGGAUGGGGUCUGGAAUCUGCAAAAUGAGGUGACGAAGGAGCGAACUGCCCAGUGUUUCUUGAGAGUGGAUGAUGAAUCUAUGCAGAGGUUCCACAACCGGGUCAGGCAGAUCCUAAUGGCUUCUGGAUCCACCACCUUCACUAAGAUUGUGAACAAGUGGAACACUGCUCUGAUCGGUCUCAUGACGUAUUUCCGAGAGGCCGUGGUAAACACACAGGAGCUCCUGGACCUGCUGGUCAAAUGUGAGAAUAAGAUCCAGACCCGAAUUAAGAUCGGACUCAACUCCAAGAUGCCCAGUCGAUUCCCUCCGGUCGUCUUCUACACGCCCAAGGAGCUGGGAGGGCUGGGCAUGCUGUCCAUGGGCCACGUCCUCAUCCCCCAGUCCGACCUGCGGUGGUCGAAGCAGACUGAUGUUGGCAUCACCCACUUCCGCUCUGGAAUGAGCCACGAGGAGGACCAGCUGAUUCCCAAUCUGUACAGAUACAUCCAGCCCUGGGAGAGCGAGUUCAUCGACUCUCAGAGAGUGUGGGCAGAAUACGCAUUGAAGAGGCAGGAAGCCAUUGCGCAGAACAGACGUUUAACUCUGGAAGACUUGGAAGAUUCCUGGGACAGAGGUAUCCCCAGAAUCAACACUCUGUUCCAGAAGGACAGACACACGCUGGCUUAUGACAAGGGGUGGCGAGUGAGGACAGACUUCAAACAGUACCAGGUGCUGAAACAAAAUCCGUUCUGGUGGACCCACCAGCGUCACGACGGCAAGCUGUGGAACUUGAACAACUACCGAACCGACAUGAUCCAAGCACUGGGAGGGGUGGAGGGCAUCCUGGAGCACACGCUGUUCAAGGGAACCUACUUCCCCACCUGGGAGGGUCUGUUCUGGGAGAAGGCGAGUGGUUUUGAGGAAUCCAUGAAGUGGAAGAAACUGACCAACGCUCAGAGGUCUGGUCUGAACCAGAUUCCUAACAGAAGGUUCACUCUCUGGUGGUCACCCACCAUCAACAGGGCUAACGUGUACGUAGGUUUCCAGGUGCAGUUGGAUCUGACCGGUAUCUUCAUGCACGGCAAGAUUCCCACACUCAAGAUCUCCCUCAUCCAGAUCUUCAGAGCUCACUUGUGGCAGAAGAUCCAUGAGAGCGUCGUCAUGGACUUGUGUCAGGUGUUUGAUCAGGAGUUGGAUGCUCUGGAGAUUGAGACUGUGCAGAAGGAGACCAUCCACCCCAGGAAGUCCUACAAAAUGAACUCCUCUUGCGCAGACAUCCUGCUUUUUGCCUCUUACAAGUGGAACGUCUCCCGGCCGUCUCUGCUCGCUGACUCAAAAGACGUGAUGGACAGCACCACGACCCAGAAGUACUGGAUUGAUAUCCAGCUGCGUUGGGGAGACUAUGACUCCCACGACAUCGAGAGAUAUGCCAGGGCUAAAUUCCUGGACUACACCACAGACAACAUGAGUAUCUACCCAUCCCCAACCGGAGUCCUCAUCGCUAUCGACCUGGCUUACAACCUGCACAGUGGCUACGGUAACUGGUUCCCAGGAGGGAAGCCGCUGAUCCAGCAGGCCAUGGCUAAGAUCAUGAAGGCGAACCCGGCUCUGUAUGUGUUGAGGGAGCGAAUCCGCAAGGGGCUGCAGCUCUACUCUUCCGAGCCCACUGAGCCGUAUCUGUCCUCCCAGAACUACGGGGAGCUCUUCUCCAAUCAGAUUAUCUGGUUUGUGGAUGACACCAAUGUGUAUCGAGUAACCAUCCACAAGACCUUUGAAGGCAACUUGACCACAAAGCCUAUAAACGGAGCCAUUUUCAUCUUCAAUCCCCGAACUGGGCAGCUUUUCCUGAAGAUUAUCCACACCUCUGUGUGGGCAGGACAGAAACGUCUCGGACAGCUGGCCAAAUGGAAGACAGCUGAAGAGGUAGCUGCCCUGAUCCGAUCCCUGCCUGUGGAGGAGCAGCCCAAGCAGAUUAUCGUCACCAGAAAGGGCAUGUUGGAUCCCCUGGAGGUCCACUUGCUGGAUUUCCCCAACAUUGUGAUCAAGGGGUCUGAGCUGCAGCUGCCCUUCCAAGCCUGUCUGAAGGUAGAGAAGUUUGGAGAUCUAAUCCUGAAGGCCACUGAGCCACAGAUGGUGCUUUUCAACCUCUACGAUGACUGGCUGAAGACCAUCUCCUCUUACACCGCCUUCUCCCGUCUGAUCCUGAUUCUGAGGGCCCUACAUGUGAAUAACGACCGCGCCAAAGUCAUCCUGAAGCCGGACAAGACCACCAUCACGGAGCCCCACCACAUCUGGCCCACGCUGACGGAUGAGGAGUGGAUCAAGGUGGAGGUGCAGCUGAAGGACCUGAUCCUGGCAGAUUACGGCAAGAAGAACAAUGUGAACGUUGCGUCUCUGACUCAGUCCGAGAUCAGGGAUAUCAUCCUGGGGAUGGAGAUCUCUGCCCCCUCUCAGCAGAGGCAGCAGAUCGCUGAGAUUGAGAAGCAGACCAAGGAGCAAUCCCAGCUCACUGCCACGCAGACCCGGACAGUCAACAAGCACGGAGACGAGAUCAUCACCUCCACUACCAGCAACUACGAGACCCAGACCUUCUCCUCCAAGACAGAGUGGAGAGUCCGAGCGAUCUCUGCUGCCAAUCUGCACCUGCGUACAAAUCACAUUUAUGUUUCGUCGGAUGAUAUCAAGGAGACGGGCUAUACCUACAUUCUGCCCAAGAACGUGCUGAAGAAGUUUAUCUGCAUCUCGGACCUUCGUGCUCAGAUUGCAGGUUACCUGUACGGCACCAGCCCCCCAGAUAACCCCCAGGUGAAGGAGAUUCGCUGCAUCGUGAUGGUGCCGCAGUGGGGAACCCACCAGACCGUGCAUCUCCCCAACCAGCUCCCACAGCACGAGUACCUCAAGGAAAUGGAGCCGCUGGGCUGGAUCCACACUCAGCCGAACGAGUCUCCCCAGCUGUCCCCUCAGGACGUCACCACGCACGCCAAGGUCAUGGCUGACAACCCGGCCUGGGACGGGGAGAAGACCAUCAUCAUCACCUGCAGUUUCACCCCCGGCUCCUGCACCCUCACUGCCUACAAGCUGACCCCCAGCGGGUACGAGUGGGGCAGACAGAACACAGACAAGGGGAACAACCCCAAGGGGUACCUGCCCUCGCACUACGAGAGGGUGCAGAUGCUGCUGUCUGAUCGCUUCCUUGGCUUCUUCAUGGUGCCUGGCCAAGUCUCCUGGAACUACAACUUCAUGGGUGUUCGCCACGAUCCCAACAUGAAGUACGAUCUGCAGCUGUCCAACCCCAAGGAGUUCUACCACGAGGUGCACAGGCCCUCGCACUUCCUGAACUUCGCCUCGCUGCAGGAGGGGGAGAUCUACAACGCCGACCGGGAGGACAUGUAUGGUUAGAGCCACACUCGGAGCCGGCAAGCCUGCUACUGUUGAUAUUCAACAAGGAAUCCCCUCGGAGCCCCACGUGUUCCAGUGACUACGCACCACCAUCUCCUCUCUGAAUUUCGGAUCUGUUUGACGGGGAUUGGGGGGGACAGUUCCUUUUUUUUGUUUUUUUUUGUAGUGUAUAUUCACGUUAUGCUGGAAAGAUGGACAGCGUAUAAAGGCAAAGCUAAAUGUAGUUCUCCAUUCCUCAAUCCAGACAGCACUUUGUGUAAGCCCUCUAUUUCUGCUUCAGUGUUUGUAAAUGGAUUUCUUGCAUGCUCUUUUAACAGGAGCAGUCUCUGAUGUUAGUUUUCACAAGUUAGAAACUUGGCCACUUCAGAAUCAAAAUAAUAAAAAUGCCAGUUUGCUGUUUUAUUGUUUGCUUUAACUGGAGACAUUUUUUUGCCUAUUUGUUUCCUUUUUCUUCAUUUUUACAGAAGUAAUUGUCUGUAUUCCGAGCUGCAUAUUGUUUGAAUGCACUCUGUAUGAAAUGGGUUUAAAUAAAGUCUCAAAGUUUUAUAAAUGUA